AUGUCGGAUCCAAUCCAAGGAUCCAGGCAGGAAAUCGCCCCUGAUGGCAACCCCAGGACGGACGAGCACAUUCCAGAGCCCAGCACCAAAACAACACACUCCAAAGCGCCCGAGACAGUCACCUCCGAUGAGAUCGACCACCUCUUCCGAUCGGAGGCGACCUUUGAACAGCCAACGACCACUCGAAAGGAGCUCUGGUCCUACUACCUCUACUACAACGCACGCAGGUUCCAAUGGGCGCUCAACGGCGCCGGCUGGCAGCCAGGCACAAACCCGCGCAAGCCAUGCAGCGACUCGUCUCCUUGCGUCGUGCCGUGGGCCGGCGGCACGCGGAGCGUCUCGUCCGUGGUGCUUAUCGCGAACGGGCUGUGCUUCACGUUCAUGACGGUCAUUUUUGUCUGGCUCGGUAGCGCGGCUGACUAUGGUUCGUUUGGCCGCUGGCUGCUCCUGGCCCUCACUGUCGUUUGCUGGGCUCUGCAGUACGGCAUGAUGGCCAUCCGACAUCCCAGCCAGUGGCCCGCAGCUAUGGGCAUGUAUGUGGUUGCGUAUAUCGCGUACGGUGCGACGCUGGUCUUCUACGCGGCUGUCUUUCCCCGGCUGGCGCGAUAUAUGCCGCAUGUGCGUAAGGCGCGCGAAGAGGAUCUCAGGGAGGGGAAGAUUACUCAGGAGGAGUAUGACAUGAUUGAGUCGCUGGAGCGGAAUCAUAUCAGCAACGUCUCCACCGCGCAUAGCAACAUCGGAUACCUCCUGACCCUCGUACUCAACCUCAGUGUCUUGCUGCCACUGCAGGGCAACAACUACGCAAACAACCUCGCCCUCUGUCUUACAAACUCAUACUGGGUUGUUCUCGGCAUCUGGUGGUUCAUCUUCCAGCAGAAACGGCCCGGACCAGACGUCCCGAAAGGAUCCAACUACGCCACCAUCGGUUUCAAGCAGAUCUGGAUGGCGCUCCGCGAAGUCCGCGCCCUACCACAGACCUUCCUGUACUUCCUGGCCUACUUCUUGCUGGCGGAUGGCCUAAACACAACAGGAUCGCUGGUGGGCAUUAUCCAGAACGAUAACAUCUCCUUUUCCUUUCUCAACCUGACAUACCUCAACAUCGUCCAAGCAGCGUGCUCGAUCGCCUCGACGUUCGGGUUCUGGUACAUCCAGAACUACUUCAAGAUCCGCACGAAGCGCAUGUUCCUCGUGACCAAUUUCUUCAGCGUCUUUAUUCCGUUCUGGGGCAUGCUGGGUCUGUGGACUAAGCGUGUUGGCUACCACAAUCGAUGGGAGUUUUAUUUCUACAAUAUCAUCUUUGGGCUCUUCCAAGCGCCCUACUACGCCGUACGUGACAAUUCUCCUGCAGGUGACACAGACUUACCAAUGACCGUCAUAGGCUACGAUAACAUGUUCUUUGCUCUCUUUGGCAUCACCAAUCGCGCCGUAAGUACAUACAACCACUUCCACCCGAAGAACAACUGGAUGGGAUUCCCGUUCCUUUUUGCUAUUUGUGCAGCUGCAAUGAUCGCCAUCGGCUUUGUCGAUAUUGAAAAGGGUCGCGAGGAUAGUCGCAAGUUUGUACAGGAUCGCAGGAUCGCCCAGGUGUCCGCUGAGUGUAGACGGGAGGCGCAUGAGAAUGGCAGCGCGACGUCGGUUACUCCUGUUGGCGUUGCUUCAUAG